AUGAAUAAAAUCAACUUUGGGGCUAGCAGCUUAAACAAGAUGUUUGAUAAGUGUAACACUACUUAUAAUAUAUACAUUAUUGCCAUAAUCACAACUGUCUCAGGCAUGAUGUUUGGCUUUGAUGUCUCGUCAAUUUCUGCGUUUAUAUCAGAGCCUUCAUAUAAACUGUUUUUCAAUUAUCCAAAUUCUACUACACAAGGUGUUAUAACCGCAUCUAUGUCUGCAGGGAGUUUUGUAGGUGCUAUAUUAUCAUCUUUUAUAUCAGAGAAAAUUGGAAGAAGGCCAUCAUUGCUCUUUUGUGCAAUAUUUUGGGUUUUAGGUUCUAUAAUUCAAUCAUCAUGCAGAAAUCUUGGCCAAUUAAUCGCUGGUCGUAUCAUAUCCGGGAUAGGUGUUGGGAUCGGAUCCUCGAUAACUCCAAUAUAUUGUUCAGAAGUAUCACCAGCUCCCUCAAGAGGUGUAGUGGGAGGUAUGUUCCAAUUAGCGAUCACUUUUGGUAUAUUAGUAAUGUUUUAUAUUGGAUACGGGUGUACAUUUAUUAGCGGACAAUCUUCUUUCAGAUUAGCUUGGGCAUUACAAAUGAUUCCUGGUUUGGUUUUAUUUGCUGGUGUAUUCUUUUUGCCUGAGUCACCACGCUGGUUGGCAAAUAAUGACAGAUGGGAACAAGCAGAAGAGGUUUUACGCAGAAUUAACGAAAAGGACAAAACAGGAAGGUAUUUAAAUGAGUUGGAGGAAUUAAAAGAAAGUAUAUCCAUGUACAAGUUGUCUAAAGAUGUCAAAUACACUGAGCUCUUUAAGAAAAAGAAUUAUAAAAGUACUAUUGUUGGAAUUUCAGCUCAAAUUUGGAAUCAGCUUACGGGGAUGAAUGUGAUGAUGUAUUACAUAGUCUACAUCUUUGAAAUGGUGGGAUUUACAGGAAAUACAGUUUUAGUAAGUUCAAGUAUCCAAUAUGUUAUUAAUUUCGGGGUUACUUUAAUAGCUUUGCCCUUAUCUGAUUAUUUUGGGAGAAGGAGAUUAAUGCUUGUCGGUGGUGUACUUAUGAUGACAUGGCUAUUCGCUGUUGGUGGCCUUUUUGCAACCUAUUCCAAGAAGGUGGAGAACAUUUCUAGCGAUGCGACGGUGGUAAUUACUAUUCCAGAGGAACAUAAAAAUAUUGGCAAGGCUAUUGUUGCUUGUUCUUAUUUAUUUGUAGCAACUUUUGCUAGCACUUGGGCUGUCUGCUCAUGGUGUUAUUUUUCCGAGGUGCUACCCACCAGGACAAGAUCUAAAGCAGGGCUGUUAGCAGUUGCCUGUGAUUGGGCGGUCAAUUGUGCGAUUGCCCUCUUCACUCCUUCAGCAUUUAGAAAUAUCACUUGGAAAACUUACUUUGUCUUUGGCACAUUCUGUGGUGCUAUGACUAUUCACACCUUCCUUUCAUAUCCUGAAACACGAAAAAAGACACUAGAGGAAAUCGAUAUUACAUUCCAAAAUAGUAUUCCACCUUGGAGAUCAGCUAAUUUUGCCAUCCAAAGUCUUGAUGAUUCUUUGAGCGAUUCCAAGGAGUACAACUUAAUGCAUAUCGAAAAUGUAGUGGAGUCCAAGUAUGUUAAUUGA